AUGAAAACUAUUUUCGAUAGUAUUGAUAUAGGGUCACCAUUGAGUACAAAUAAAACUAAUACUCUUGCAGAAAAGGAAAAAUCAGAAGGUGUACAUGAACAAGGAACAAAAGUUGAAGAAACAAAGGGAGAUGAUACUGGCAAGGAAAACUCUGAAGAUAGAAAUAAAGGUGGAACAGAAGCUAAGAACACAAAAGAUGGAGGUGAAGAUAAACAUACAGAAACUGAGAAAGGAAAUGCAGAAGAUAAAGGAAAGAAAAAGUCAGAAAAUCAAAACAAAAAAGGAGAAAACGCUGACAAGACAAAAGGAAAUAAAGGAGAUACUCAUCCAAGCUUUAGUCCAGGUCUCAGUCAAGAUUCAGAUCAAACUUCAAGACCAUCAAAGCAUGAUUUGGAUCAACCAAGAGAGAAGAAGCUUGUUGAUGCUUUCAAAUCACCUUUCAAAUGCAGAAUAACAGACACAAAACCCAAACUGACACAUCAGGAGAGUAUUGUCUGUGAAUGGUUGUUCAACUUCCAAGGCAAUACAUCAUACUUUAAAGAAAUAAACCAUCCAAGAGCAAAUGCAAUCUCAAAAGAAAGUAUCAAACCCCAACGACUUGAAAUGUCAUGGAGAACAGUUAAAAACAAAGUUGAUUGUGGGGUCUUUGCAAUGAGACAUAUGGAGACCUAUAUGGGACAACCACUCUCAAAGUGGAAACCAGGUCUUCAUAAAGAAAGUGCAGUUCAGCAAACUACUUUAGAGAAGCUCAGGCAACAAUAUGCACACAUAAUGCUAACUUUUGAAAUUAACAUGUUGAAGGCUAAGGUGUUGGAUCUUGCUGAAAAAUAUCAAAAAGUUGAAUUCAAAGUGCGUACUGAUCAUGCAUACUAG